AUGGCAACUCAGAGCUCUGAACUUCCCAUCCGGAAUGGCCCCGCCAAGACCGAUCCUCCUCUUAAUAGAGCGGAUGAGGUUGAUGAUCUACUUACAUCAGUCAAAAGUCUCAUAAUUCCAUUCAUCAAGGCAGCUGAUGAGGAUGCGUCCAGCAAGGCAUCCGGCCAUGGACUUGCUAUCCCAGGAGCUGGUCCUCGGACUGCGCUAGUGGAACAUCAUCCACCACAGAAACUACGUUCUCUAAUGGACUUCCAAAUUCCAGGAGAUGGCAGAGGAAAAGAAGGAUUGUUGGAAGUUGUGGAGAAAGUGUUGAAGUUUAGUGUGAAUACUUGGGAUCAGGGGUUUUUAGAUAAGUUAUAUGCUAGUACUAAUGCUGUGGGAGUCAUCUCUGAACUCCUUCUCGCGGUUUUGAACACAAAUGUACACGUCUUCCAGGUCUCGCCAGCUUUAUCAGUCAUUGAGAAGACUACAUCACAAGCACUCGCUCAGAAAUUUGGCUUCACGUCACCUCAUGCUGGUGGAGUCUCUACACAGGGCGGUUCAGCCUCUAAUACCACAUCUCUCAUCAUUGCCCGUAACACUUUAUAUCCUGAAACGAAAACAUCUGGGAACGGAAGUCAUCAAUUCGUACUGUUUACUUCAGCGCAUGGACAUUAUUCCUUGGAAAAAGCAGCUCAAAUGUGUGGACUCGGAACGGAGAACGUGAUAUCCGUCCCAGUUGACAAACAAGGUCGCAUGAUCCCCGAGGAAUUCGAGAAGCUAGUCCUCAAAUCAAAAGAUGAAGGAAAGACACCCUUCUACCUGAACGCAACAGCUGGAACCACAGUCCUAGGCUCCUUCGACCCAUUUACCGAACUGUCAGCCAUUUGCAAAAAGCACAACCUCUGGCUCCACAUCGACGGCUCCUGGGGCGGUCCAGUCAUCUUCUCGUCAGCCCAAAAACACAAGUUGAAAGGCGCAGAACUAGCCGAUUCUCUGGCCGUAAAUCCACACAAAAUGCUCGGCACACCCGUAACCUGUUCCUUCCUCCUCGGUCCCGACAUCCGCAUCUUCCACAAAGCAAACACCCUCCCAGCAGGCUACCUCUUCCACAGCAACGACGGCGCCGACUCCGAAGUCUGGGAUCUUGCUGACCUAACCCUUCAAUGCGGACGUCGCGGCGAUUCUCUCAAGCUUGCGUUGAGCUGGAUAUACUACGGUAGUUCCGGCUAUGAAACGCAAAUUGACCAUGCGUUUUCCGUAACCGCUCAUUUCACUUCCCUGCUCAAAAACAGCUCGAAUUUCGAACUUGUUAGUGAGGAUCCACCACCCUGUCUCCAAGUCUGCUUUUAUUAUAAGAAGAACGGGAGUUUGGGAAGUGAUGAGGAAAAUACGAAGACGACAAGUGAGAUUGUGAGGAAACUUAUUCCAAGGGGCUUUAUGGUUGAUUAUGCGCCCGGGGAGAAGGGAAGUAUGUUUAGGGUUGUUGUAAAUGUGCAGACUAGACGGGAGACUAUUGAGGGGCUGGUAAAGGGCAUUGAGGAGGUUGGGGGGGAGUUGUAA